CUGUUUUCGCACUUGCUUCCUGCCUAGAGCACACCCACAGUCCUGAAAGGGGAGGGGGGAAUGCCACCCGCCCCAAGACCUCCGGAGGCUAGUGAGCUCUUUUUUCUGCUCCUCUUUUAUAACAUCCCCCCCUCCCACAUUCUGGGAGGUGGCAAGGACCAAAGCCAAGGACAGGAGAAGGGCAGCAGUGAAGCACAACGGCUUUGGAUCAGUAGUCCAUCCAAGAGCCCACCACCCUUGCUUUCUCCAAAAUCUGACCCUCCUGGGGUGAACUCCAAGGGUUGGCUUUAAUCUGUUAGCCUGCGUCAGGGUGAGGUGCCCAGGGCCCCUGAACAUGUACUCGAUGUUGAGCGCCCGACCGUCACACCCGGUGGAAGGAGCGGAAUUGGUGGAACUGGUCCGGAAAGCGCCCGACCCAGUAUCCCGCUUGCCAGGUGCAACUCUUGGCAGUUCCGGCUCCGCCUGACAGGAGGGGCCUGGCCGCCGCCCAAGAGGCUGGUCCGCGGAGUGCCGGGGCGGACACCGGCUUCGCUUCUGCAAGCGUCUCCUUCUUCCGCUUCUAUUUGCCGCGAGUGGCUCUGAGCUCCGCCGAGGGAGCCAUGAGGCGCGGCGCAGUGUUGGCGGCCUUCUCGCUAGCCUACGCCGGCUAUCUGCUGCUCGGAGCGCUGAUCAUCUCAGCCGUCGAGCGACCCUACGAGAGCCGGCUGCGAGCCGAGCUGCGGGAUCUUAAGAGCGACUUCCUGCGCAGCAGCCCCUGCCUGUCCGAGGCCAGGCUGGAGCGUUUCCUGGACGCCGUGUUGAGCGCCGACCGCCACGCCGCGGCCCUCCUCCACAACGGCUCGGCUGCCACGUCCAACUGGGAUUUCGCCUCGGCCUUCUUCUUCGCCAGCACUUUGAUCACCACCGUGGGAUACGGUUACACUACACCCCUCUCAGAUGCUGGCAAAGCCUUCUGCAUCUUCUACGCGGUGGUGGGCGUCCCCUUCACCAUGCUGGUGCUGACAGCUACCGUGCAGCGCCUUGUGGGCACCUUCACCUCUGGGCCUCUGGAAUACCUGGCCCUCCGCUGUGGCUCUGACCGCCGCAUCCUGUCGUGGGGGCACCUGUUAGUGCUGAUGGGCCUGGUGUUGGCGACCUUCUUUUUAGUGCCUGCUGCCAUCUUCAGUUCCCUGGAAGAAUCCUGGAGUUUUCUGGAUGCUUUCUACUUCUGCUUCAUCUCCCUCUGCACCAUUGGCCUGGGAGACUACGUCCCUGGGGAGCAGCCCAGACAACGCCUUCGCCCCCUCUACAAGGUCUCUGUCACAGUUUAUCUGCUUCUGGGGCUCAUGGCCAUGCUGCUGAUUCUCCAGACCUUCCACAAGCUGGCAGACCUACACGGCCUCUCUGAGCUGGUCUUCCUGCCUCCGGAGCAGCCUCCCGAAGAGCAUCAGAGUAUCCUGGGGGAGCCCAGCCCUGCCUCUGAGCCAGGGCAGAGGGAAAAAUUGCCUGCACAGCCCCGGCCAUGUGGCCCAUCCCAUUAUUCCUCCAUUAACAGAUAAUAGCAAGGAGCAGCAGGGCAAGAGUCGGGCUAAUCCACAAGGAAGACUGGCUGAUCACUCUGCCCUUCCUGACCAAGGAAACGAGGCUCCUGGACAGUCCACUCCUGUGGAGGGCAGGGGAGGGAAUACAGCUACUCUCUGGCCAGGAAAGGAGAGUUUGCAGAGGCUUCUGGCUUUCCCUUUGGAUGGGCUGGGGAGGGCGAUAUUUAAAAAGCAUAGCUGAAAGGCUGGAGCUUCCAGGCCCUUCGUCCCUCCCCAUUGACAUCUCCUUCUAUCACUGUAGUCAGUGCAACGUGGCCCAGUACCUUUGCCUCCGGCUGUGGUUUGAGCUGAGCUUUGCAAGCCAGGAGCUGCUGAGGCGGAAGGGGGGGUGGGCGCUGUGCGCUUGAGACACCAAAGCCUCAAAUGGAAAGUGGAAGUGAAGGGCCCCAUCCAGGGUCCAUUUCUCAAAACUUUUUGCUACUGACACUUCACAUCAGAGAAGACAAACUGGUGGGAUUCA